UGGUGGUGGUGGUGGUGGUGGUGGGGAUGGUGGCGUCUUGUCUGCCAUGGAAAUUGUCUUCUACUGCUAGGUCCAAAUGUGGAUUAACUAGUUCCAGUAGAUACCGCAGGAUAACAACAAACAGGAGCUUGCUCUGGGUCACGAGUACUGCACGAAGGGGUCGCGCGCGGGGCGCGGGGGAGGGGGAGUGCAGUACGACCGUUUGAUUGACGUACUUACUGUCCAAUGCAACGAGGUGGCAAUCCAAAUGAUUGGCUGGAGUUUUUCGAGCCCUGCCCGUUCCACAGAUGAUUGACAAGUUUAAUUUUCAUGUCAGUACUUCUGACUCAGUGGCUGUAAGCGGGUUAUGAUAAGGAUUUCAAGUGAUUUUGCAAAAAUGGCCAAAAAAGCGAAUUCCGUACCCAACCUUUAAGCCAAAGGCAUUUGUCUCUUCCAGAAACCCAACCCUUUGCUAUGUAUUGAAUCACGACUUAUUGUGCCAUGCAGUUGUUACUACUAAGUCUGUACCUCUAAAGGCCCUGAUAUACAUCAAAUCGACAUUAGCGUGUUCACACAGAUAAAAUGGCAGGUUUGGGACCAAAUCUAAAACACUACCGUGGACCAGGAUCGAUACAGGGGACUCAACCAAACUAGUCAAGCCUUUCCCACACUCCCCCUAAUUCACCACUGCCUGCAAUUGGUGAACAAGACGGCGUAAAUUGCUGUGUUUCAUCCCACCGUGACUCAGGCUAGUAAAUUAAUAAACCCAAGAUCACACAGUGGCUAUAUUGUACCCUAUCAAAGAAAUGCAGGGUUCAGCAGCCUCACACGACAAUGUAUGGCUGAUACAUUGGUGCAUCCUUUUGACACUUAUUUACCUAAUCUCAAACAAGCAAUGUGUUGUUUGUGUGGGUGUGAAAUAGUAUAUUGCAACAUGUGGCAUGUGCUAGUGUGACAAAAACAAGUCACCUCGAUGAACAACAAUAAUUGGAAUAAAUUUCGGCGGGGAAUACAAAGGGGAAAUGCUGCCUCAUUCCGCAAGGGGAAGUCUACCUUUUAAAAAAGAAACGUAUCGCGUAAUCACGUAUUGAACCAUCUUCGCUUACUCCAUAAAUGUCAAUUGUUGGUCACUGUUGCCCCAGGGAUACUCUUGACAAACACUUGCAUACUCUAAAGACAGCAAGUUGAUUGGCGUCUUCAGAGAAGUAGAAGAGUUUGUGCAUUGGCAAGACGUCUUCUUCCAGAGAUGAACCCACGUUCCCAGCUCAGGAGGACCCAGUCCCUGCAUGGACCCAGCCCAGUGACCACCUUCGGCCCCAAGGCCUGUAUGUUGCACAACCCCAACACCAUCAUGCACAUCCAGGACCCGGCCAGCCAGAGACUCACAUGGAACAAGCCUCCCAAAAGUGUCCUUGUCAUCAAGAAGAUCCGCGACGCAGGUCUUCUCCAGCCAUUCAAGGAGCUGUGUACCUUCCUCACCGAGGUGAAGAGCAUGAUUGUUUACGUGGAGAGAAAAGUUCUAGAGGACCCUGCCAUCGCAGGCGAUGACGCCUUCCGGACCACAAUGAACAAAUUCUGCACAUUCCGUGACGAUCUGGACGAUAUCUCCAACUACGUGGACUUCAUCAUCUGUCUCGGUGGCGAUGGGACCUUGCUGUACGCCUCCUCACUUUUCCAGGAGAGUGUUCCCCCAGUUAUGGCCUUCCACCUGGGCUCUCUUGGCUUCCUCACCCCCUUCAACUUCGACACAUACCAGUCUCAGCUCAACCAAGUCAUCGAGGGGAACGUGUCUAUCGUGCUGCGCAGUCGGCUGCGUGUGCGCGUGCAGAAGGACAGCCGGGAGAAGAGGGCGAAGGUGGAGGAGAACGGAGUCAUCCUCACCAACGGGGAUGGAGAAGGCAUGCACAAGGCCGCACAGUACCAGGUUCUGAACGAGGUGGUGGUGGACCGGGGGCCCUCCUCCUACCUCUCCAACGUGGACCUCUUCCUGGACGGACACCUCAUCACCACCGUUCAGGGGGACGGCGUGAUCGUCUCCACGCCGACGGGCAGCACGGCAUACGCAGUGGCGGCGGGCGCCUCCAUGAUCCACCCCAACGUCCCGGCCAUCAUGAUCACCCCCAUCUGCCCGCACUCGCUCUCCUUCAGGCCCAUCGUGGUGCCGGCCGGCGUGGAGCUCAAGGUCAUGCUGUCCAGCGAGGCGCGGAACACUGCCUGGGUGUCCUUCGACGGCCGGAAGAGACAGGAGAUCUGCCACGGGGACAGUAUCACCAUCACCACUUCCUGCUUCCCGGUUCCCUCCAUCUGCUUCCGGGACCCGGUCACGGACUGGUUCGAGAGCCUGGCUCAAUGUUUACACUGGAACGUGAGGAAGAAGCAGCACCAUCUCACCUCUGAGGAAGAGGAGUUCUGAGGGCUUCUGAUUGGCCCAUUGUCCCCCCCGCCAGCUCUGUCGGCCAAUCAAACAUGAUAUCCAGUCAGUGGGUCCUGGGGUCGAAGCCAGCUACAUGGUUAUUCAUUGAUGACAUGAAUUUGAUUUGAAUUAUUAUUAUUUGUAAUUAAUAAUAUGAAUAGUUUAUUCAUAACAAUUUUCAAUAUUCUAGUUAUAGUAACGAUAGAUUUUUAUCAUCAGCCAUAAUAAUUAAUAAUACUAACAAUUGUAUUAUUAAUAAUCAUGGUUCUGAUUUUUAUUAUUAUUAUUAUAUUUUUUUUAUAAUGACACCUUCAAAGUUCAGAAAGGGGGUGCCUGCAGGGUGUUGUUAUCCUACUAUCUGUGCUGGGCUACCGAGGUCUACCCCGAGGGGUAGCGUUCCAAUCAGUUCCCCUGAGCUCAGAUCGUGAGGUGGGAGGCAAAACCUGGCAGGGUCGUUCCUCUUCCGGACCUGGAGUGUUGACAGCGCUGUACACACGGGGCCGUUUGAUUCGAUGGUCUGUGCGGGCCAUCGUAGGUGAGCGUUGUGAUCCGGUGUCGGAACACUUUCUACACUUUACGGGAAGAUCACUGGCUGUCAGGGAAGGCUCAACAAUUACCACAUAUCCUACGUGUUCAAAUUGAUGGAGCUACGUUUUUAAUCUGCUUGAUAUGAAGUCUAAUUUUAUACAUAUAUUUAAAGGGUUACACACCUGGAAGCGUUGGCGUGUUCGCGUCGCUCUAAAGGCUGAAACGUCAGUUACAAAUGGCGGAUAAAGUUAAUCGAAAGUGUAUAAAGAAAACCAUAAGGGGGGAAAAGUCUUUGGCUUCGCUGAAAACUCAAAUGGCGUCUUGUGUGAAGUUGCUAUUUCAAAAGUUGCAGAACCAAAACGUUUCCUAUAAUGUUAAACAAGACUGUUGCUCUUCAUUUAAUAAGAAAAAAGCAGAAUUUUCGUCAAAAGAUUGAUACCUUUUUUUCUUUUUUUUCCACUCAGAUCUUAAUGUAAAGCAGGAGAAAACCAAUGCUAUAGCAUUUCUAAUGUAUAGACUGUGCCUUCACCACUGGUACGUUGUAUUGAAAACUAAUGUCAUUUUUCUAAGGUUUACAAGAUCUUAAUUAUUCUUCUAAACGUGUUCUCACAGUUGUGCAGAUCUACCGUAGCCUUGUACUUAGAGUAUUUUUCUACGCUGUCGCUCUGCGCUGUCAGCACCUGGAAGCAGAGAGUAAGUUCCAUUACUCUUCACUCUUCUCGCGAUACUACAAAUGUAUUCAGCAGUUGUUUUACAAACCUCUCUCCUAACCCUCGCGUGACCUUUUGUGUUGUGCUUAUCCAGAACUGAAACAUCCAUUCCAUUCAGACCAAAAAAAAUCUCAAGUCAAACCCCAGGCGGUCUUGUGCGUGUUCUUUGUCGUGGACGUGGUGGUAGUCGCGUCGUAAGCCAUAGGGGGACAUGCACACGUCUAACGGGGGUCUUGACACAAGGUGGGACCCUGUACUGGUGGAGGUUGGGUUUUUAGUCGGCGAUUGUUACCGUGGGUGGUGUGCUCAAAGUCUGAGUUGUGUGUGCGUGCGUGUGUUUUGAAUACGUAUAGCGUGUCUGAUGUAUAAUGUGGAAGGUCUGUCAUUUAUUCAGUCGGGAUACUUAUCGACCAGCCCGUGGACCAGUGUUCCCAUUGAUCACUGUAGCUCGUAUCACUGUAUGUUUUUCAAGAAGACCAAGAGAGAUCAUUCCUCUUAAUUUCCUGUAAGUGUUGAGUGUGCCAUGUAUUGUGUUCAGUCUCCUCAAUCUACUAAAGGCUCAGUUAUGGUCCCACGUCGACACAACGCAAGGGGCUUUACGGACCCCUUACGUCCUUGCGGACCCUCCUUGUGCCCACCGCGAGUGACGUGGCCCUCCCAAAAAUUGUAAGCUUGCGUCGAGGCGACGCAGCAGCAGCAAGGGCUGUGAUUGGUCCGCUCACUAAAACCCGACACAGAACCAAAACAGGUUCCUGUCUGCGUCAAAGCGUCUGCGUGGUCAUUGCGUUGCGUAGACGUGGAACCAUAACUGAUCCUUGACCCGUUAAAGAGGCAUCCCCGACGUUGGUACUCCCUCCAUGUUUAGAUUUAAUCAACAGAUUAUUGAAGUAAGUCCCAGUGGUUUUGGGAAACCUAAAUCUUUAUAUAUCUAUAGAUAUAUAAAUUCUUUUUUUUUUACUACACGUUUACUUUUUUUUUUAAGUCCGUGGCCCAAGGGUUAAACAAAGAGCCUUACUGAAAUCCGUGAGGCUGACCACUGAAGAAUCAUUCACAAGAAACAAAGGAGUUGUACAAUGAAACGCUACCACCAGUGUCCCUUCAGACCUAACCUUGUGAAUGAGGGGCCCUUCUCGUCUCACCCUUGUCAACGGAUCCUUCUUGGGUUUUGUCUGUCAGGAACUACGAAUUCCUUCAUUGUUUUUUACAUUACGCCAAGUAGUCGAGUCUUUGCGAAAAGUGCUUUUCACUUUCAAAACCUGUUUCUCUCCGCUCUCACUUUUGUAAUGGUACAUUUGUAAAUAAUUCUGUAUGAAUUCUGCUAUUUUUUUCUCGCCCAGAGCACUUUAAUAAACAACAAAUCUUUAACAUGGAAAUGUAUGUAUGUGUUUCAUU